AUGUUAGGUACGUUAAUCUCUGUUUCUAUCUGUCCUUAUUGGUUUCCGUGUCCUCUAUCUGUCCUUAUUGGUUUCCGUGUCCUCUCUCUCUCUCCUUAUUGGUUUCCGUGUCCUCUCUCUCUCUCCUUAUUGGUUUCCGUGUCCUCUCUCUCUCCUUAUUGGUUUCCGUGUCCUCUCUAUCUCCUUAUUGGUUUCCUUGUCCUCUCUCUGUCCUUAUUGGUUUUCCGUGUCCUCUCUCUGUCCUUAUUGGUUUCCGUGUCCUCUCUCUGUCCUUAUUGGUUUUCCGUGUCCUCUCUCUGUCCUUAUUGGUUUUCCGUGUCCUCUCUCUGUCCUUAUUGGUUUUCCGUGUCCUCUCUCUGUCCUUAUUGGUUUCCUUGUCCUCUCUCUGUCCUUAUUGGUUUCCUUGUCCUCUCUCUGUCCUUAUUGGUUUCCGUGUCCUUUAAGUGUCAAAUUCUUCAAGCCUUCUUUCCUCAUUAG